CCUCGCCUCGCCUCGCCUGCUCCGCGUGGUGUGUUGUCCCGUCCCCCCUCCCCUACUUUUCUCCUCCUUAAACCGAUCUCCUCGCCUCGCCGCCGGCAACCGCCGCGAAAGAUUAAGCUACCCGGGAGGCGGCGGCGGCGGCGAUGGGCGACCACGAGGCGCGCGGGGACGACUUCGAGAAGAAGGCGGAGAAGAAGCUCACCGGAUGGGGCCUCUUCGGCUCCAAGUACGAGGACGCCGCCGACCUCUUCGACAAGGCCGCCAACUCAUUCAAGCUCGCCAAGAACUGGAGCAGAGCUGCAUCAGUCUACAUCAAGAUUGCUAACUGUCAUUUGAAGGGAGAUAGCAAGCAUGAGGCUGCCUCAGCUUAUGUUGAGGCUGCGAAUUGCUACAAAAAGUUCUCGCCACAGGAAGCUGGGCAAGCACUAAAUCAGGCAGUGAAUCUUUUCUUGGAAAUUGGUAGAUUGAAUAUGGCUGCAAGAUACAGCAAGGACAUUGGUGAGAUAUAUCAGCAAGAACAAGAUUUGGAGAAGGCUACAGAUUACCUAGAAAGGGCAGCAGACCUUUUUGACAGUGAGGGGCAGGCAUCUCAAGCAAACACCAUCAAGCAGAAAGUAGCAGAAAUUGCUGCUCAGUUGGAACAGUACCCAAAGGCGACUGAGAUUUUUGAAUCAAUUGCUCGUCAAUCAAUCAACAAUAAUCUUCUUAAGUAUAGUGUCCGAGGCAUUCUCCUUAAUGCAGGCAUUUGCCAACUAUGCAGAGGUGAUCCUGUUGCUAUCACAAAUUCAUUGGAGCGAUAUCAGGAAAUCGAUCCGACCUUCUCUGGGACACGUGAAUACAAGCUUUUAGCUGAUCUUGCUGCGUCGAUGGAUGAAGGAGAUAUUGCCAAAUUCACUGAUGCCAUCAAAGAGUUUGACAGCAUGACACGUCUGGAUCCUUGGAAAACCACCCUCCUCCUCAGGGCAAAGAAUGAGCUGAAGAAAAAGGAGGACGAUGAGGAUGAUCUAACAUAAGCAUUGUGUAAAAUUCGUUUUAUGCCACAAUAUGGUUUGGUUUGUGUCUCUAUUUCAUUCUGGGGGCUUCGUGUUCCUUCUAAAUGAGCAUGAUGAGAUUAAUAGUCUGUCUGGUUUGUAUAGAACUUCAAUUUGGACAAUCAUGUCGAGGAGGCUGCCAAGAUUUCUUUUGUUGAUUACUUAAUUUUCUGUCAGAAUGAAAAUUUGUACCUUACAUUUGUGUCAAAGAUUUGUUCAUGAUAAUAUGUUUGUAAAUAAUGGGUUAUUUUUUUUUAUCAGGGAUCGGGUAAGAAAAGAGAUGUGAUGUAGAUAAGUUUGGGUCUUUAGCUGGAGUAACAUCUUAUGUUCUGUAUGGAUGUUGAUAUAUAUGUAUUUUUUUUAAGUACGAGCAAUAGAGCUAGAUCUAUUAUAAGGAUUA